CCAUUUUCAAUAAGAAGAUACAGUUACUCAGAUAUCAAGAAAAUGACCAACUUCUUCAGAGAUCAAUUAGGCCAAGGAGGCUAUGGUUGUGUCUACAAGGGAAAGUUGCAAGAUGGCUCUUUUGUAGCAGUGAAAGUUUUGAAAGAAUCAAAAGGAGAUGGAGAGGAAUUCAUUAACGAGGUUACGAGCAUUAGUAGAACCUCCCAUGUCAACAUUGUUACUCUUAGAGGCUUUUGCUUUGAGAGUUCUAAAAGAGCUCUAAUCUAUGACUUUAUGCCUAAUGGAUCUCUCGAGAAGUUCAUAUACCAAAAAGCCCCACCAAAAGUUGAUCAUCAUCAAUUGGGAUGGGAAACAUUAUACAUGAUUGCAGUUAGCAUAGCUCGAGGAUUAGAGUACUUACACAGAGAUUGUAACACACAAAUCUUGCAUUUUGACAUUAAGCCUCACAACAUUCUUCUGGAUAAGAACUUCUGUCCAAAGAUUUCUGAUUUUGGCCUUGCAAAAAUAUGCCCUAGAGAAAAAAGUAUCAUAUCAGUGGUGGGUGCAAGAGGCACCGUGGGAUAUAUAGCUCCGGACGUAUUUUGUAGAAAUUUUGGAGGGGUCUCACAUAAAUCCAAUGUCUAUAGCUACGGAAUGAUGGUUUUAGAAAUAGUUGGGGGUACAAAUAAUAUAGAUGAUGAGACUGAUCAUACCAGUGAAACAUACUUUCCACAUUGGAUAUACAAACACCUUGAACUAGAUAAAGAACUAUGGAUGCAAGGUAUCAUAAAUGAAGAGGACGAACAAAAUAUAAAGAAGAUGCUAAUAGUGGGUUUGUGUUGUAUACAGACCGAUCCGUCAAAUCAUCCGGCGAUGAGUAGAGUUGUGGAUAUGCUAGAAGGAAGCCACGACUCUUUGCAAAUCCCACCGAAGCCUUUUUUGUCUUCCCCAUCACGACCUCUAGGUGAUUCUUCGACUACAGUGGCUCUCCAUUAUGAUUCUAUUAUAUCCUGA